GUAAUAUUAGAAAGAAGAAAAGAUCAACCACUUUUCACAAUACUUCUCGCAGACGACGAUCAACUUGACAAAGAAAUUAAACCAUCCAAUGCAUUUGAUGAGAAACAUGAAAAUAUUUAUUUACUUGUAGGAAAUAAGGUAGUAAAAUAUCCCAUUAGCUCCUGCACUGUAUAUACAAAAUGUGGUUCGUGUCUUAGUACAGAUGAUCCUCUACAUUGCGGAUGGUGCGGUUCUUACUGCGCUCAUGUUGACGAAUGCGAAACACCACCAAUUAACACGUCUACUUGUCCUCCUUUCAUUGACAAAGUUUCUCCGUUAAUGGGCCCAAUUCAAGGUGGAACACUGAUAACUAUCGAAGGUGAUAACUUUAGUACUUCUCAAAGUAAAGCUAAUGUCUAUAUAAAUAUAGCAGUAGCUGGUGUUCCAUGUGAAAUUGUAUCUUGGGAGUACACAAGGUUUGUAUUUUUCGAUUUUUAAUCACAAUUUAGUAUCAGCAUAUUUUAUAUAAAAAUUAGAUGAGUACGAGU